AUGGCGUGGCCAGCGCGCAACAAUACUCGAGGUAUCCCAGAGGUCGCAGCUGCGUGGUCAUACGCCGACUUGGAGAAUUUGAGAACCGAGUAUCUCAAACAGCCUGAGAAUAUCUCCAUGACUCCCUCGCCAGACCCAUUGAACGCCGCGCGAACACUCACAGCUCAACCUCAUCCAUACAACUAUCAAUUCCCACUUCCCUCGACUCCUGUUGCUCUCAGCACCAUGCUCUCCCCGACUCCCUCCUCGUCCUAUCUAGAUCCAAGCACCGCCAAGAGGUCGAUCAACCCUCAAAGCCCGCGAUCUGUUCCACACCAGCCAAUCGCCGCCAUACACUCCCCAGCAAGCCUCUACGACCCUGGCUAUCCCAGUCCCUGGACUGAAAUGGCGGUCUCGCCCCCUGUCGCGAAAGAAAUGCCUCAGCCCGAGAAGCUACCCUGUCGUUCUCGAGGCCGGGCAUCCAAAAAAAAGCGCAACGAUAAUUACGGAACCUUCAAGUGCGAAUGGAAGGGAUGUACGUAUGAUCGUCUGUUCUCGCGCAAAGGGGUGCUUAGGCGGCACAUCGAGACUCAACAUCUCAACCCAGGCGCGUUCAAAUGUCCCUGGUGCGAUCACGCUUCGAGUCGACGGGAGAAUUUGAAAGCGCAUAGGCAAGCAAUUCACAAGGAAAGUCUGUAA